AUGAGCAACCAAAUCCGAAUAGGUGCACACAGCUGUAGUAAUCUUCAUAUACAGAAACAUCAGUGGCAUAGUUUGGAACAUAAAUACUCUUAUAUCUAUGAUAUGAUCAAAGAGAACAAUCAGUCCGACAAUUUACAGCAGGGACACAAAACCGAAGAACAAUGUGUUCAAGAAAAUGUAAUGUUCGAGAGAAAUGAAUUUAACGCAGAACCACAUACUCCUUUCAUACAAACGCGAAGAAUUAUAUGUGACAGUUAG